CUGUUGCCCCCUUAAAAGGCUGAACAUUGCUCUGACGACGCGCGGUGCAAGGAACGGGUCAUCUUCGAUCAACGGGGAGCGUACACAUCGCCAUGAAGGUCUCCGUCAUAACUACCACCGUCUUUCUUUUCGCAUGCAUCACGUGCAACUACGGCCAAAUUGACAUGGAAAAAGGGUUCGCCCUGAUGAAGAAAGCCAUGUCUUGCUUCGGAAACGUGGAUAUGACCAAAAUAAUGCAAAUGAAGGGUGGCAACUCGGACAUAGGGAAGAUGAUGAAGGGGUUCAAGACAUGUAAAUCGCAAUCUAUGGAUCAAAUUGUGGAGUGCCUGGGACGUGAAGCGGGCCUUAAUUCGACGGUCAUUAGUUGCCUGAAUGGAGUGAUGAGAAGUGCCUCAGCGCAGUAG